CAGCUGAGUCUCUACAAGCGGAACAUGGCCGACCUCUCAAAACACUGAGCUGAUGAUGGGACGAAUGACAGCCGAAAGCUGUCCUUGAAGACCCUCACUGCUGGAUUCGUGAUAUUUUGAUGUGAAGGAAAACAUUACAGAGGGUAUUUGAUCCCAGGACAUAUGUAAGCAUGUCUAAUUUGAUGGAGAAUGGCCCCAGUAAUCAUAAUGGGGAGGCCGAGCAGGUGUGGGAGAGACCCUGGACACUGGCAGAGAUGCAGAAGUCCAGCACAAACUGGUCCCUGGCAGCAGAUUCAGGGUUGUUUCUUUUCCUGCAAGACUUCUCUCAAAGGAUGUUGUCCAAGACCCAUGAGAUUGAGAAACAGUUGGACGGUCUUAUCCGGGACACUAAAGCCACAGACAGUCGGCUACACACAGUGUUUAACGACUUCCUCAUGCUGUCCAACACACAGUUCAUUGAAAACAGGGUUUAUGACGAAGAGGUGGAAGACCCUGCACCAAAGCCAGAAACCAUGGAGAAACAGCCUGAACAGGAGAAGUCAAGGGAACAGAAGGAAGCAGAACUUAUUCCCAAAGUCCAAGAGGCUGUCAACUAUGGUCUGAGAGUCCUGGAAUCUGCUUUUGAACAGCUGGACAUUAAAGCAGGAAACUCAGACUCUGAGGAUGAGGAGACUCUGGAAAAAGUCGAGCCUAUUUUGGAAGCAAAGGACCUGUAUGUGGACAGGCCUUUGCCGUAUUUGAUUGGUUCCCAAGCAUUUAUGGAUGAGGAUGAUGUUGGCCUGGGCGAUCUGUCCAGUGAUGAAAUGUCUAUUGGGAGCGACAGAGACAGCGUCAUUGAGAGUGAUGUUGAAGAAGGCGAUGAGCAGUCGGAUGAAUACUCUGACCAGGAUGAGGAAGUCCAUGACAACUUUAAGAAAAAGCCGUCUGUUGCUUGUUAUGAUGACGCUGAGGAAGAGAAUGAAGAUGAAGAUUCGGACAUAUUUGGAGGGUCUGAUAAGGAUGAAGAUGAGCUCAGAAAGGACACUGGUCUGCCAUCCUUUGCUGAUGAACUAGCAGCCAGAAUCAAGGGAGAGACUCCAAAUAAGCCAGAAGCAGAUCGCACAUCGUUGUCAUCAGGCCCAUCCAUCACUCAGAAGAAGAGUAAAACAAAGAAAAAACCAAAACCUCAGGUGGAGGAUGAUCAGGAUGAGAUGUUCAAACCACCAAAAAUGGAAGAUGAGGAUUAUUCUCCAUUCGGUGGAAAGGGUGGACUUUUUAGUGGAGGCAAAGGCCUGUUCGAUGAUGAUGAUGAGGGAGAUCUGUUUUCUGAUGCACCCAAAACCGAGCCGAUGGAAAAAACUGUAACCCAGGCAACAGAGCCUCUUAAAAUUAAGAAAAUACCCACUGGCGCUGUCUCCAUCUUUCCUGAAAACAAACUUUUUGGCUUCCCAAAUGAUUCAGACUCACUAGAGAGCAAAACCAGCAAGAGUCCGGUGAAACCCAAAGUGCAGGCAGCUCCAAAACGUACCUCGGUAGGAGGAGGGCUGUUUGAUGAUGAAGAUGAAGAUGAUGAUUUCUUCAGUGGGAAGCCACUUCACAAAUCCACCCCUGGAAAAGAGAAGCAAAUGCCAAAGAAGACCGUAGACCUGUUUGGAGAAGCUGAUGAGGAUGAUGCUGACGACGAUGGAGGCGGAGCCAUGUUCAGUGAGAAAGCCAGUGCAGCUCUUUCCCAACAAGACAAAAGAGCUGAGGGAGAAGAGGAGACACGUCCUCCAGAGAAAAAGCUUCCUGUUGGUGCCAUUUCAGUGUUUGGGCCCGGCACUAAAAAUAUACUGGAGGGUCUGAAGAAACGCCGGCCUUCCACCAGUGAAGAGUCUGCCCAGUCUGAAGAGAGUGGACCUCCGUCUGAAGUAGUCAAAUCUUCACCUGCUCUGGGAGCAUCAGAGAAAACACACAGCAAGAGUCUGUUCUCAGACGAUGAAGACUCAAAACUAUUUGCUAGUGAAACUACAAGUAAAUCAAAGCCUACAACUCAGAACAAACCCAGUAAAGCUCCGCUCUCAAUAUUUGAUGAUGAAGAAGAAGAGGAUCUUUUUUCAUCAACACCAAAGCCCAAGUCAGUUCAGGUCAAAAAAACAUCUCUACAACCCAAGAAACCUGUAUCCAGUUCACUCUUCAGUGAUGAUGAGGAUCAGUGGAUGAGCUCUAAACCCAGCAAAGAGAUCCCGGAAGUGAAGCCCAGUGGAAUGAAGUCAAGUGUUAGCGCCCCCUCCAGGCUACCCAGUGUCAAAACAACACAAAAAGACGGCCUGUUUGAUCAUGAUGAUGAUUUGUUUGCAGCCACAAAUGAGUCAAGUAAGAAGUCAUCUCAGAGAGCAUCUUUGCUGUUUGAGGAUGAAGAUGAUGAUGAGGACAAAGAACCUCUUUUUGGCUUCAAAACACCUGCAAAUAAAACUCCUUCUGAAUCGAAGGGUUCCGGUGCUCCCUCUCAGAUUGAAUCUACGGAGGAGGAGAAUGUGCCUAAUGUAGCAAAAGACAAGAUAGCGGAGGAGAGGAAGCCUGUGCAAAAGAAGCCUGUGGAGAAGAAGCCUGUGGAAUCCACUCCAUCCUCUGACAACAGCACCGAGAUUAAGAAGAAGCCAGUAGGAGCAGUCAGCCUUUUUGGUGGAAUCAAUGUAUUAGCAGACAAGCUAGACACAAGUAAAAAACAGACUAAUAAUCAAGAAGAGAUUGCUGAUAGUGACGAGCUGCUAAAGGAGGGACCUCCACCCAUGGAGAGUAAGGGGACCAAGGCCAAGAAAACAGCACUGAGUCUUUUUGAUGAUGAAGAUGACGAUGACGACGAUGGCGAUAUGAAUAGUGAUGAAAUAAUUCCUGCACCUAAAACAUCCAAAUCAAUAGAAAAGAAUGCACUAAAGGAUCAUGGCAUGAAGAGCACAGGUGUGUUCCAAGACGAGGAACUGCUUUUCAGUCACACGCAACAGAGAGACAACGAUCCUGAUGUAGACCUUUUUGCCACAUCUCCUAAACCGGCUGUGGCGUCUCAGAGCUCUGUAAAACCAGUUGUUCCCUCACUGUUCAGGGAUGAUGAUGACGAUGACCUCUUCAGUUCAGCAAAGCCUAAAGCUCCUCCGAAAGUACCUGAGAAGCCCAGCAAGCCUAAAACAAAUGAAACGGACAAAUCAACACCGACUUCAAGCAAGGAGCCUACAAGUCUUCUGAAAUCUAAAAAAACCUCCUCAAGGAUUGGAGAUCUUCAAGCUAGCUUAGCUGUCAACCCUGCCAGCCUUCUGCCAGGCGCGGUGCCACGGAUUCCAGGAGCCGUCAGCGUGAUCCAUGGCCUGGCACCUGCCUCCCUCCCUGCAGGUGCCAAGCCACUGCCAGCUAGGGAUACGACCCCUGGUCAUCGGCCCUCCAGUGAGGGAGGGGUGAGCUUUGACUCGCCCGCUCAGGUCAGCACGCUACAGAAUGCUAACAAGGGUCGGGCUAAAGGCGCAGUGCGACGGCGGCCACAGACAAGGGCAGCAAGACAUCUUGCAGCACAGGACUUUGAGGAAGCUGUUGGGGAAAGCACCUCUAUACAAGCUGAUGAAGCAGUUAUGGCUGCUUCUGUCUCAACCUUUAACCCUGUUUCAGUGCGACCCUCAGCGCUCACUAUACCUGUCAGCACCCCUGCUCCAGAUGAAGCCGUCAGGCCAAAGAGAUUUCUGAAUUCUGGAGAUGAUCUGUUUGAUUCAGAUGAUCUCUUUGCCACAAAGCCUGUUCCCUCUUCAAAACACAAAGCAAAGACCCCUGAGGAAGGCCGUAAGAAAGCCUCCAAAACAGAGACCAUCAUAGCCUCAAAGAAAGACCAGGCCUCGUCUAUUUUUGACAGCCAUGAGGAUGAUCUCUUUGCCAAAGUGAAACAGAAGCCUCUCCAGAAAGCUAAAGAAAUUUCCUUCCUAGAUGAUGAUGAUGAUAUUUUUGGAGCAGGAAGUAGUAAAAGUGCAGAUCGUAAAAACUCCAACGCACAGGCCAGCUCCGCAAAACCAGAUGUUUUCAAGGAUGACGUGAAAGAACCUCCCAAGGCCCAGAAGAAGCCCAAGGAAGUGUCUUUGGAUGCAAGCUUGUUUGAUGAUGAUGUUGAUAUUUUUGCUGAUUUGACUAGCACCACAAAGCCACAGGAGAAGAAAGCUAAGAAGAAAUUGGAGGCAAAAUCUAUAUUCGAUGAUGACAUGGAUGAUAUCUUUUCGACUGGGACUACGAAACCAACGGUGAAGCCGUCCUCUAAGUCGAAGAAGACCCAGCCUGCUCAGGAUCCCAUCUCAACCUUGGAAACGGGGAACAGUAUUUUCGAUGAUCCCCUGAACGCGUUUGGGGGAGACUGAGCCUCCUAAUUAACAGCUGUUUGUUUAACUCUGUAGCGAUAUUCAUGGCCUAAAUGUAGGUAGAUGUAUCACUGUUUCUUACUAAUUUAAACUCUAAUAGGUCACUUAAAAAAAGAAGAGAAAAAAAGGAAAACAGAAGAUCGUAAAUCUAUGUACAUCUAAUGCUAUCUGUGAAGUCAUCUGAUUGGUAAAGGAUGUAGCGGUCAUCAAAUGGUAUUGACAUUUGCAAUGUUUUAUGUGUCUUUUAUUAGCACUUUAAACAUGGGAUUGUCUGGUAAUGUGUAAAAGAGGAGUUUAGACAUUCCUCUGACAUUGUCAACUGUAAGGUUUCAUUUUCCAGUGCUGUGCCAUUAUCUCUUAACAUGUGCGCACACAUAAGUGCUUUUGUUGGUGAUGUUUUUAUAACUCGAGCUGAAGUUUUCUCGUGUUGCAUGUGAAAUGAUUUUUGGAAA